AUGAAACUCGCCGGAGAUGCAAUUGCAAAAUCCAUUAGUAAAUACAACGAGGAAAAGAAAGAGGAUAUUUUGGCAAACGGUUCGAAAAGUUUGGGUCGAUCCGGUAAAACGGUAUCGAGAAUUUCGUCUUCGAGUUCAGCGAGAAGAAUGAAAGCCAUCGCAGAAGUAGCCGCUGCAGAGCGGCAAGCGGAGUACGACUUGUUAAUCGCCGAGAAAGAAAUUGCAAGGAGACAGUUCGAAGCCGACGAAGAACGGAGAAAGACGGAAGCAAAGGCGAGGUACGAUCAUGAAAUCGCUGUGCUCAAGGCAAAGAAACUAACAGCUGUGGCGAACGCUAAAUUGACUGCAAUCGAACAAUCUAUUCAGCAGGAAGAGGGAAAAUCAGUUGCCCAGUCUGAUGUAGAAUUAUCUGAGGGAGAUGGGAAACUCAACAACAGUGAACGAACUAGCGCUUGGGUGUACGAUCAACGACAUGAAGCAAUUCGACACCGGAAAGGGCCAGAACAAGACGAAACAAUCCAACUAGAUCGAGACGUGAUAUUUGGUCGGAAGAGCAAAGCAGCAGACAAUUAUAUUGUACCACAGCUCAAAGACGAUUUUUUGGGAAAAAACGGAACGGAACGGGAAGCGGAAAUACUGCCGGUGCAGCAAAGUAUGGAAGCUAUCGCAGCUACAAAUCAACAACUGGCAGCUAGUCUCGUACGUCAAAGCUUACCGAAGUGUCAUCCCGAUACCUUUAGUGGUGACGUAACAAUGUUCCACCCAUGGAAGAAUUCGUUCGAGGCAAUGAUCCGUGAUGCUGAUAUUUCACCGGAACAAGAGAUAAAUUACCUGCAUAAGUAUACGAAAGGGGCACCACAGAACCUGGUCGAUAACUUUCGAAAACGUCAACACAACAAUCCACAUAAGCUGCUGAAAGAAGUAUGGGUGGAGCUCGAGAGACGUUUUGGCAACUCAGCCGCGAUUUCACACGCCUUAUUGGGACGGUUGCGAGAUGCAGCUAAAUUCGAGGAUAAAGACAAGAAGAAACUGCAGGAGUUUGCCGAUUUGUGUGCUGACGUAGACUAUCAGAUAGGACAAUUGCCUGGUUUGAGAUGUUUAAACUACGCGAAUGUUAUUCAGCCAAUCCUUCGAAAAUUACCAGCAUCUCUCCGAACCAAAUGGGAAAAGCAGGUCGUGGACUACGCUUUGGAGAACUAUGAUGCUUACCCAACCUUUCAUAUCUUUGCUACUCUGGUGGAAAGGCAGGCAAGAAUAAAAAAUCAUCCAAAUGUUGUGAUUAAGGAUGUCCAAAGAAACGAAAGGAAGAAAUCCAGUUUCGGAAACCCGUUCGAAGAGGACACAGUUCUGAAAGGAGAUGUUGAAAUGGAGAAUACUGGCAACCCAAAUCAGAAACAUUGUUCUUUCCAUGAUAGUAAAGGCCACACCCUAAUUGAAUGUAAAGUCUUCGAAAAGAAAACGCUGCAAGAGAAAAUAGAAUGGCUGAAAAAGUCUGGACUCUGUUUCCGAUGUCUCGAAGAUAAACACCUCGCCAGAAACUGCAAAGCUACAAUCAAAUGUAAGAAGUGUGACAGCGAUCGCCACUUGGUAUUGCUCCACAGAGACAAGAGGGAGAACGUAGACAACAAAAAUGAUGGCGAGGAGGUUGGCGCAACCUGUACUAAAUUGUGCGAUAGCAAAAGGGGUGGACUCUCAUGCAGCAAAAUUGUUCUCAUGGACAUUUCUCUUCAAGACAAACCCGAUCAGAUCCAUAGAGUAUAUGCGUUAGUGGAUGAACAAAGUAACGCUUCGAUGAUUACUCCUGAUUUGGCAAAUAAACUGGGUAUUAACAGUAAAAAAGAAAAAUAUUUCUUAUCUACCUGCAGUGUUUCCAAAGAGGUGAAAUACGGACGCCGUGUACCUGGAGUGAUAGCAACGUCGGUGGAUGGUAAAUCGUCGAAGUUGCCCACUUUGAUCGAGUGUAACCACAUUCCACAAGAUAAAAGGGAAAUUCCAACACCUGAAUUAGUAUCGCGAUUUCCCCACCUUCAAGAACUCGCCAAAGAAAUCCCACCGUUCGACUCAAAGGCGGAAAUAUCCAUCCUGAUUGGACGCGACGCCCCAGAGCUUCUGAAAGUUAGAGAGUUCAGAAAUGGUCCGAGAGGCGCUCCGUGGGCUCAGAAAUUAUCUAUUGGUUGGACUGUUUGUGGUCAAGUAUGUUUAGAUCGCCUCGAUGGGGCAGUUCAUGUCUCAACUCAUCGCACCACUAUUUUCACCAAGCGUGCCUUAGACGGUAAAUAUGAGAACGGAAGUGAUUGUCAACAUUCCACCCAUGGGAACGUUAUACGACACGAAUUUACUCAAUGUCCGAAUAAAUUCGUUCUAAAGGAAGAAUUCCAAGGACCAGAGACUGUGCAGGACAUAUUUCACACAACCGCUUACGAUAACGAACCAACACUUUCUGUAGACGAUCGAAGAUUCCUGGAGAUUAUGGCGAAGGGAAUACACAAAAACGAGUUGGGGAACUGGGAGAUGCCAUUACCGUUUCGAUCUCCUGAUGUAUGUUUACCGGAUAAUCGAGAGCAAGCUGUUAGUCGACUUAAUAAUUUACUUCGCUCCUUCGCCAGGAGGCCUCAAUUGAAGAAGGAUUAUUUCGAAUUUAUGAACAAGCUCCUAGCACGAGGGCAUGCCGUACCAGCGUCAUAA